AUGUUCAGAGCGUCUCUUUGCAUACCACAUAAUGCACGUACUCGUUCAGUCACUGUUGCCAAGGACGCAGAAGAAGAAAAAGAAGAAAGUAAGGUCGUCCAGACUGUUGUUAAUCACGAAACUUUGGAUGUAAACAUCAGAGACGGAGAGAAACGGGAGAGUGUUGGGGCUGAGAAGAAGAGAAAGAAGAAAAAGAAAGCGAAGGAGGAAGUGGAAACAAACAGCCCUGUGUGUUACGAUGCGUCCGUCCAGACUACCGUGGAAACAGAGCGCUCGGAUAUAAACAUCAGUGAUGCUCCUGAGAAGACAAAGAAGAAGAUAAAGAAGAAAGAAGAAGAGAUCACCAGUGAGGAUGGAGAUCAUUUAGUGUCCAAGAAAAAGAAAGCCAAGAAACAAGGAUGGGAAGAAGAGGUGGAAGCUAUAAAGAAGAAAAAGGAGGUAGAGAUCAAAAAAGAAGAAGCUGAUUUAAGACACAGUGUAGAGAUAGUAAAGAGGAAGAGGAAGAAGAAGAAGAGAAAAACUGAUGAUGAUGAUGAGCUGGCCGAAGAAAAACAAAACAAAGAAUUUGAGGGUAUAAAGAAGAAAAGAAAAAAGCAGAAAGAAGCAGACCAAUGUGAACAGGAAGAGCAAAAGUUGAAGAAGAAGAAGAGGAAGAAAUCUUCAGCAGUUGAAGAGCCUGAUAACAUUAGCUCAAAUGAAAAGCUGGAGAAGAAGAGCAAGAAGCUAAAGAAGAAAUUGAAAUUGAAAGGCGUGGAUGAAGGUCAGAGUCUUCCUCGCGCCAACGGAGGACAGGUGAGCUCAGCGGACGAGGAGAUGAAAAAGAGAAUCAAGGCUGAGACUGAGGAUGACGUUGAGAUUGAGGAGGAACCAGUGGGAAAGAAGCGCAGUAAUAAAUACUGAAAGAAAACCCCAGAAAAAGUUCAGAAGAGAAAGCCUGAAGAGGAGCAUCAUGAGGCAGUCGUGGAGAGAGCAAAUAAAGCGUCUGAUGUUGUGUUCCUGUCGGAAAAGCCUGGAAAUCAGGAUGAAGUUUCUUUAGAUCAGGUACAAUCACUUAUGUUUUACAUACACCAUCACACUCACCAUAUAUAUAUGUGACCCUGGAGCACAAAAGCAGUCUUAAGUCACUGGAGUAUAUUUGUAGCAAUAGCCAAAAAAACAUUGUAUUGGUCAAA